AAGGCAGCUUUGUGCUAUCUUUAUUUCUCUUGCUCAGUGGAAGACCUGCCUGCUAUGAUGAACUUGGAAGUGAAAACUGUAAAAGUCCUAUUUUUGAAGAAGACACUCCUUCUGUAAUGGAAAUAGAGAUGGAAGAGCUUGAUAAAUGGAUGAACAGCUUGAAACGAAAUGUGGAAUGUGAAUAUUUGCCUCCUGUGAAAGAAGAAAAGGACUUGAAUACCAAUCCAAGGUACUUGCACUUUUCCAGUUAUGCUUUUGAAAGAGACACAGACAACUUCAAUAGAUCCAAAAUUGAACACAUGACCUUCACAGCUGACCCUAACUUCUAUUUCGCUUAUUUUAUAUUGCAGACAUUGACAACAUCACUCUGUCGUUUGAAACACAGGAUAGAUUCCCAUUACAACUUCCCUCUUACUGUAGAGAGGUGGAGUUUUAUUAAUCUUUUUGGUGAGAUGUGCAGGAAACUUGCUUUUGUGAACUGUCUGUUGUAAAUUUUCAAGACAAUUCCUUAGGAGCUCUUGUAUUUAUGGCCACCUCAGUAGUCUUAUACAUAGUGACUGCUUGAGCGAACCUAGGUAAUGCAUGCCAAAGACACAA